ACCACCACCACCACCACCACCACCACCACCAACAACAACAACAACAACAACAACAACAACAAUGCCUUCACCACCACCACCACCACCACCAAACACCACCUAACCACAAGAAAACCCAAAAAUAAAACCUUCCCAAUACUCUUCAUUGUCCUACUGACCACCACCACCACCACCACCACCACCGCCGCCGCCACCACGACCGUCGAAACAGAAAAGGCCCCAGAAAUUCUCCCAGCCCUUGAGAACCCCACCCACAUCAGCCACCCGACCAGUGCCUCCGCCAGCGUUCCCAGUGACGUGUACUCGAGUGUGGGUGACGACGAGAAGGUAGAUGAGGUGGUGAAGGUCCUCAGGCGCACUGCUCGUCACUUCAGCCGCCUAGACGUGUGUGAUGAUGCUGUGUGUGACCAGAUGGUGCGGCAGGCAAACUCUCUGGCCCGGUUCAAGAUGGUGCGGCGGUACAUCGUGCAGGGGCUCUCUACCCUGGACAGCCUGGUGACGGCCCUGGACGCAGAGCUGGUGGUGGCCGGGGAGAGCAUGGCCAGAGCUUUGGGCAACAGAUGCAGGACUGCCCACGCUAUUCUCUCUGACGUCACUAGGGGCCCCGAGCAAGCAGACCGCCUCAACGGAAAGAGCAGCGCGUUUAUCUACGGCCAAGAUAUUGUGAACAACUACUAGACACUCACUCUCUCUCUCUCUCUCUCUCUCUCUCUCUCUCUCUCUCUCUCUCUCUCUCUCUCUCUCUCUCUCUCUGACGUAACCGGCCGUGGGCAGGCUACCACCUAGAGCUGCUUACCUUUAACACUCUGUCACUGUACUUAUGUACUUAUGUCCUGCAAGGUCAAGCACAACCAAGUGCAUUCUUCCGUGGGACAUUCACAAACGCACCUCAAAACAAACUACAUUUAUUGAAUAUCAUAUAAGCAAGCGUAACAAUUACACA